AUGGAGACCCACGACGCAGACACUGCAUGUAUGGAGACCCACGACGCAGACACUGCACAUGUGGAGGCUCACGACGCAGACACUGCACGUAUGGAGACCCACGAUGCAGACACUGCACAUGUGGAGGCUCACGACGCAGACACUGCACGUAUGGAGACCCACGACGCAGACACUGCACGUAUGGAGACCCACGACGCAGACACUGCACAUGUGGAGGCCCACGAUGCACACACUGCACAUGUGGAGGCUCACGACGCAGACACUGCACGUAUGGAGGCCCACGAUGCACACACUGCACAUGUGGAGGCCCACGACGCACACACUGCACAUGUGGAGGCUCACGACGCAGACACUGCACAUGUGGAGGCCCACGAUGCACACACUGCACAUGUGGAGGCCCACGACGCAGACACUGCACGUAUGGAGACCCACGACGCAGACACUGCACAUGUGGAAGCCCACGACGCAGACACUGCACGUAUGGAGACCCACGACGCAGACACUGCACAUGUGGAAGCCCACGACGCAGACACUGCACAUGUUUUGACCCACAACGCAGACACUGCAGGUGUUGUGAGCCCAGCAACCGAGAGUGUCGAGUCAGCAGGACUAGGUGACGACGCAACAUGUUGUCGAUCGCCCUCACGACGUCAAGGAAGAACACAUGGACGACGCUGGAACUGUUUGGCUCCUGCCUGUGACCACCACGCCCCCACACCCAGGGCCUGGUGGCCGUCGGGUCAACACUGCAGGCGUCACCAUCAGUCACGCCCGGGACACGUCCUAACGUGA